AUGGUUGCUGCUCUUGAACACCUCAAAGUCACAGACUUAACCAAGGAGGAACAAGAUGCUGCUGCAGAGUGCGAGAGGCAGCUUGCUAAUUUGAAAUUUAUACCAUCGAACAAUGGCUACGACUUCUGCGACGAUCCAAGACUGGGAAAUGCAUCGGAAGCAUUUUAUAAAACAUUUAAUCCGUGGUUAAAGAUGGGUGGUAAAAAUAUCAUCUUCCAAGCCUUCCGAUUCAAUAAGUCUGCAAUACUACCAGUGUCAGGGCUGGCACUCUUCAUACCUACUAUCACCACUGGAAAUCCCACCAUAUCAGACCAAGAACUAAAAGUUGGGACUUAUGUGCAACUCACUGAGGAUGUGCUUGUUAAAUCUGGAGUUUAUUGCCUCGCAUUUCGAAGCAACUAG